AUGGCUCAGGCCAGUCAAAUAAUUUCCUUCAUCAUUCUCCUCAUCGUCGUCGCUGUGGUAGCUGUAGUAGGCUUCGUUGCAUACUCAAUCGCCCACGAUGUCGGGCACCACACCAGAAAGAAGUUGGAAAGGAAAAACGUCAGUUUCACACGCGAUGGUAUGAAGUAUGAUCACGAAGAUUUGGAACAACUCGUCGUGGCCGGCGUACCAGUCGCGCUUGGGCUGGGGCCAGGGAAACAAGUCGCCGAACACGACACCAAGUGGUACGCCGAGUGUAGAAAAGAGAAACCCAUAUUCACGAACAAGCUCGUCAACCACCGCAGCGUCCGCGCCGGCGUUAUCACGACAUGGUUCGAGUCAACCCAAUAUGUCGCGAACCACUUCGGCGACACCAAGAUAAUCCGCGGCACCAGCGAGGGGAUGGCAAUGUUCAAGAGCGUGUCGAGGCUGCACGAUCUCAGACACGAAUAA